CGAUUCGUUUUAAAUUAGGAGGAAGUCCAAAAAUAUAAAAUUCUUAUCAAUUAGACCAUUAUCUAUUAGGUAAUUUAGUGAAAAUAAGGUGGUUAACAUAGUACUUAAAAUAGAUAUUAGGAUGUAGCCACUAAAUAUGAGGACUUUUUCUGCUUAUUAUUCUUUCAAUAUUGAAUUCUAAGUCUAAACUAUUUUGAAGUACAUGUUGUAUGAAAUAUAUCAAUUAAAACUUCAAAUUAUUUUUAAUAACGAACAUAUAUUUUUAACUUUAUCACGGACCAUCUCAUUCUCCAUAACUUAGCUCAUUAAGAACGAUUAUGAAAAGUAGUUUAUUAGUAUUUUUACAUUAUAUAUUGAUAAUGAUAUUCAUUCAAAAAGAGAAUAAGUUCUACUUUACACAAGGCUAUCAUAUCCAUUUAAGCUAAUAAUACCUAGGAAAAAGAGUAUAUUAGCAUUAAUUAAAUUGGUUUCCUGA